AUGGUUCGCCUAGGCACCGUCAUAACGUAUCAGACCUUCUUAAUAAGAGUCCUGGGCUUUUUGACCCUCACGGAGAUGGAUAGCUCUGCCGAAGACACAGACUUGUACGAGGUCUUAGAGGUUGGACGUGGUGCAAGCAAGUCGGAAAUCAAGAAAGCAUAUCAUAAGGCAGCACUAUCUAGCCAUCCGGAUAAGGUGGCCGAGAGCGAGAGAGCUAGCGCAGAAAUCAAGUUCAAAUCAGUCAGCAAAGCCUACGAAAUCCUAUACGAUGAUGACAAGAGACAUUUAUACGAUACCCAUGGCAUGUCUGCAUUUGACAGCGCUCAUGGCAAUGGUAUGGGCGCAGGUCCCGAUCUUGAAGAAAUGCUUUCACAGAUGUUUGGCAUGGGGGGCGGUAUGCCGCCGGGUUUCAGUGGGCCAGGACCGAGAAGGUCCAGAAAGGGUGAUGAUGAGGAGCAUCCCUAUCAGGUCACAUUAGAGGAUCUAUACAAGGGAAAGACCACAAAAUUUGCGAGCACAAAGAACGUCAUAUGUAACCACUGCAAGGGAAGUGGCGGCAAGGAGAAGGCAAAGGCAAAGCAGUGCGCUUCGUGUCAGGGCAAGGGCUCCAAGCAAGGACUACGGUCUAUCGGACCAGGCCUGGUUACCCAAGAAACAGUCGUAUGCGCUUCGUGUAAAGGCAAAGGAAGUGUAUAUGCUCAAAAAGACAAAUGCAAAAAGUGCAAGGGUGAGCGUGUCACAGAAGCACGGAAGGUUUUGGAAAUCUACAUUCCAAGAGGUUCAAAGUUAGAGCCCUCAUACUCCUACUCCUACCUUUUGUCGACUUUGCUGAUCUUCUGCAGAGAAGGAGACAAGAUAACUCUGGAAGGUGAGGCGGAUCAGGUACCCGAUCAAGAGCCCGGUGACAUUAUCUUCGGCCUCAUGCAGACCGAACACGAGACAUUCAAAAGGGCAGGCGCUGAUCUGUUGGCGGAAAUUGAAAUCACUCUAGUCGAAUCUCUAUGUGGCUUUUCGCGAGUGAUCGUGAAGCACCUGGAUGGUAGAGGUCUCCACAUCCAACAUUCUCAGCCUAAUGCACGUGUUUUGGAGCCGGGCCAAGUCAUCAAGGUGGUGGGUGAAGGAAUGCCUCACAAGAAAAGUGAGUUAAAGGGAGAUUUGUACUUGGUGGUCAAGGUCAAGUUCCCAGAGCAUGGAUGGCUUGAAGACAAGCAGGUACUUGCAAAAUUGAAAGAACUCCUACCGACUCCCGAAACCCCAAUACAAGCUGACGUCGUUGAUGAUGUUGCUUACGACGAAACUGCCAACUUGAACGAGUUCGGAGCAAGUGCCGAAGGCGACGAAGGGUGGGUUGACGACGAGGAUGAAGAAGAAGGCGAGGCUCAAUGUGCCCAGCAGUGA